AUGGAAAGUGAGCAAAGUGCAUUUUUUGACGCGGAAUCAAAUUUUUGUUCUGAGUGUGGAUCUAUCUUACCUCUUUUGCGAGAAUUCAAUUGUGUUGUCUGUUAUAUUUGUAAACGUGAAUGGGGUCCAGAGAAUUCAAAGAAACGGAAAAUUCAUGAGAAAACGGUUGACCCCAAAGGUCAUCCCUGCAACUUCCCGCUAAUUCCAUACUUAAGCGCUCAGAAUUUCACCUAUUACGCUUUUGAGCUCUCUGAGCUCCAAAACUUGUUGGAAGUUUCAUAA